CUCCUAACAUCAGUACAAAAAUCAUUUCUAGUUCAUUUAGGACAAGUCCCUCCCCCCUUGGGUUUCCUUUCUUCCCUGGGGACAGACGCUAAAUGAACGACUGUCACGUCAAGCCGACUGUCUGUGGAAGACAGAAUGCUUCAAAUGAAGUUUGCGCGCUGAAACGACACCCUUAAUCAUAUCGACCACGGAAUUCCAAGCCACAUGAGCACUUUUCGUGGAUACCUGGCUCUCUGAGAGGAAAUAGCUACUCAAAUUGUCAAAAAUUUCUGUGAGACAGUACAUUUAAGUCUAUCAACAACUGUCCAGAGGCCUGGGGUAAUGGAGCUACAAGUGUAUUCCUCUGAGGAGCAACUAGCCAGUCGUCACUCAUCUACUUCAGACUUCGGCAUGGAAGAGAGUCCAUCAUCUGAGGUAGAUGUUGAGGGAGGUCAAGAUGGUCUGGAGUCAAGUGAUUAUAUUGCACCUGUAGGGACUACAAAGGAAUACUCUAGGAAUUUGACCCCGACUCAUCAGACCAAAAAGAACCUCUACUUGAAACUGGACGAGAUUCUUAUUGACGCCCUUCACAGGGAGUUUGAGGUGUACCCUGGUGCUACUGUAGACAGGAUAAUCAUGGUGAAUUUCCUCAGUAAUGUUGUUGUGAGCAAUAUCCCUUCAUUUCCUGACCUGCAGAAGAUCAUGUGUUUACGGGACACGGUGUUGACAGCAAGGGUGAAGAGAGCCUUUCCUGAUGUUGAGUAUAAGCGCAAGCAGAUAAGACAGGAUCACUUUCGCAAGGCUUGGCUGUAUGUAAACAUCAGGAAAAGGUUAAAAUCCAAGGAUGAAGAUAGAAACAAUGGACAUACUGACUGGGAUAGAAAUUAUGAAGACGCACCACAUCACGACUCAAAGUCCAAGCCACAAGCCACUGUUUCCUGGAAAACAGAAGCAAGUCCCUCAACUGAGCCAAGACCCCUGAGACACCACCACUCCCACCACUCACCCCUCAACACGCCAGCCCUACCCCAACACACCAUUACCAGGAAAUCUGGAAAAGAAAGGCAGACCAGAUCAGAAAAGAAGUCUCCUGCAGCCAAAGAAGACAAGUCCCUGGUCAAAAUUGCGCCAAUGCCGAGUCAGGCCCCUGGAACGCCUUCAGCACCCGCGGUAACAGAGUAUAAUCCACAAGAGAGGUCUGCGGUGGUCGUCGAUAAUUAUUCCAUUGCAAAAUGGGUUAAGUCUCAUUACGUGGAGGAUUCUUCGUCGUACGUCCCUGUUCAAGACGUGGUGAAGACGUUCAAGCAGUCUUUUGGUCUCGAAAUCACAUACAAGGAGUGCCAUCAGAUGAUCUACUCAGCUUUCACAAGCCCAAGACAGCGGACAUGUCCGUUAAAGACCGUCCGGGUUUCGUCCAUGGGGGCCCAGUACGUGUAUAGGGGAAUUGCACCCGCAAAGAAUGAUGGUUCUACUGAGAGCGACACGAAAUCGUAUGACGACUCUGCAUCACCUCCUGAGCCCACUGUAGUCUCUCUCAGCGGUAAUCCCAUUCAAGACGAGCGCGAGGAGAUCUGGCAAAAACUCGUGGAGGAGAUGAAGGUCGAACGCGACCAGGCUGUCACCGAGCGUAACCAGGCCUUGUCGGUACUAAUGGAAGUCGAGAAAGAAUACUCAAAAGCGCUGCUUAUGAUCGAAGACCUACGCAAAGAAAAAGACAUCGUCAGGGUAGAACCCAGGGGGGAAACGGCAACGAUACACCACAGGGCGACCGGCCAUGAAGAUACGAAAAAUACAAAACCUGCUCAAGAGGUUUUACUGACACACCACAGGGAUCCCGUUAAUGAAUCGGCCAGCCCCCACAGGGAUACCACUCAAGUACUCAGCACUUACAUACGGGACCACAUAUCACCGCGUACAUUUCAUUACUACCCAGAGCGCUUAGCAGCUAAUGCUGCGUCACUGUCAGAGGAUGAAGACCACAUCAAGGAAGAGAGAGAUCAAAUUUGGAGCUCGAUGCUCGUCAAGACUCGGAGGGAGCGAGACGAGGCGAGGAGCAGACUUGAGAUUGUCAAAAAAGAGAGGGAUUGUUAUCUUGAGAGGCUUCACCACCACGAAAAAGAGAACCAGCGGCUUCGUGAUAUGGUCGGAUUGCAUGUCGGGGCAGAAGUCUCGACCACUCAUGUCAUCAGGCCUCUGCCGACUUUUGCGCAUGCGCUUGGCACAAAUAGCGCUGACCCCAGCGAUGACGUCAGGGACGGAAAGGAGGCCCUGGAUACGGUGCUCUCCCGCUUGAAGUCAAAACGAAAACAGAGCACGCCAACCAAACUCAGCAAACUCCCUCGAUUAUCGCGUGAAAGUCCCCAAGACGCGAGUACCAAUGGACGCCUGACUCCAGUUGACGUCACGUCCGGUGGAAAUGCAUCUGAAGUAAAAUCCGCUGACUGCUCGGAAAGUCCUGAGAGUGAGACAAUCUGUGAGGAAAAAGACCCGGAUGAUAUGCUGCUGUUCUUUGAAGGCAGUGACAUGGUAGCCUUCCGUCCACAUCCAAUGGAAACCUGACCUUGUGCAUUCCCGUGAGGCCGUGCAAGCUUACCUUCACUGCCUCAAUCUCGAGCAUUGUUGGAGGGAGACUGGUUAGGGGUGGCGAACUUCUUUGAAAUGUGUCUUUGAUCAGUUUUUCAUGUUGUCUCCUCUACUAGCCAUGUCACGAGACACGGAAAUUCCCGAUGUAGGACCUUACAACUGCCGUAACCAACCGAGAAGUGUGAAGGACUGUUGUGUGGGACAGCUCGGCCGAGGCCGAAUGAUGAUGUACAUUUACAUUAGUAGAAAUCCAGGCUUGUUCGUGUCGUUACCGUAUCGCUACCGGGAUACCGUAGUUUGCCGUGAGGUUAACCAACUCCGGGAGAACCAAAUCUAGGAAGAGGGUUAGGGGUGACGUCACUUUAUACAUUACAGGGAACCCAAAUCAUCCAAGAAAGAUGAAAAAACGCCUGGGAUUAGGUUGACAGUGAAUGGUGAAGAUGUGGUAUCCCAUCAGUCACUUUGCAUCUAUGUAUAGCAUGCUGUAGUGAUAGUGUAUUGGCAUUUUACGAUAGAGAAUCUUGUGGAUUGUGACCGGGAUGGAUUAUAAGCUCGUAUUUUUUAACUUUAAUGCAAAUAGAAAAUUUGGGUGAAUUCCAGGUUUGAGUUUGAGGCAAGUGAUAGUUGGCCACACAUCGUGUCAUUAGUUCGUAAACGCUAUGUUAGGCGGUCGGUCUACAUAUUUCAAGCUAAGUUGCACUCGCAGAAUUCAUGUAUCGUAACCCGUAGUACUCCAUGGGCAUAGAAUAAAUAUGCAGAUAAGAGUGAAUAAAAACUAGUAAGACAGAAA